AACAGCAGCAGCAGCAGCAAAAAAAGAAGAAAGUUUUCUGGUGCCUGGGCAUUUGGUCUUAUUUUACCCCACUUUUGCUUGAUCAACCCCUUUCUCCCUUUUUCUGCUUUUACAAUAUUAUUGACACUAUACGGUUGCGGUAGCAAUUAAAUAUUAAACACAACAGAUUACAAUGCUGCAAUCAAAAGCUACUUCAACAUUAAGAAGAGGUGGAGGCAAUUCAAGACGCAAUGUACGGACACUAAACCCAGCUUUUGUUUAUGACUAUACACUGCGAUGUGCUAUACACGCAUGUAUCGAAAAUCACAAUAAACAAAAAUUGGCACCACAAUUUGCGCAAAGGAGCAGUAGUAACCGUCAUUCAGUCCAUCUAAGCGGAAUGACUGAUGUGUUUGGCAACAUUGCCGACAAAAUUUCUGGAGACGAACCUAAUAAAGAUAAAUUGACAAAACCAGUAGUGGUCGGUCUUAUUCGUCGAUUAGAUGACAUAAAAGACGGCAAAGACGUCUCUAAACCGGAUUAUCUUGAUCGAACGUUCAUAUCGGUUGUCACUCAGUUUAGAUAUGUUGUUAAACAGCAUCGUUAUCGCCCUCAAGGCUCCAUCAAUGAUUUGGUAGUUACUUUUCUAAGAACGAGUGAAACAGAACUCAAAAAAUCUGAUCCGAAUCCAGCUGUUUGGUUUAAAGACUUGGAUCGUUAUGUGGUAUUAUUCACUGAAAUUCUAUUACUCGUCCUAAAAGAGGAUGCACCCAAUACAGCUUCUCCUGAACUUAUCCAGACAUUAAGCAAAUCGAUUUUGCCUCCGAAAUCGAAACAGCAAAAGCAGCAAAGAAGCAGCACAGGUUCCACAGGCUCAUCAACUAAUAUAUUGGAUAUCAUUGAGAACUACCCACUAGUUAAAACUGUUCAAAACCUAUUUCAAAUUGAGGACUCUAUCCAUAAACAAAAAAUUCGCGACCUUCAACCUAUUUGCACUGAAUCGAACUAUUUUUUGGAUUUGAAACAAUGUAUCAAUGCACUUAACACUAAUCAAUCUUUUCCUGGGAGACGGGAGGAUUUCACAAGCCAGCAAGCGUACAAUGCCUGGUUAGCGCGAGAGAAGAAGUAUUUACAAGGCGUGAUGACAGUUAUGGUAUCAAGCCCUACAUUCUCUUUGAACAUUAGCAAUGAGCAAGAUGUUGGAUCAACUAAUCUGUUAUCUGGAGGUGGAAGCAAUAAUGUUAGCCGAAGACCUAGCGAAAAUAAACGAAAUUCGAUAUACGGCAACUCAGCUACCUUGGAUGAUAGCCCGUACACGUAUAUUCCCAACGAUCCUCGAUCUUAUUUUCGCUUAUUGAUAAAUAUGUGUAUGGACCACGAUAUAAGUAUAUCCCCUGAAAGCGAGCGAGCCAAGUCAAGUGUAUUAUCUCAAGCGUCAGAGGAUCUACUUCGCGAGUGUUCUAAUACAUGGCGCUUAUCAGCACCUUUUCGAGCAGUACUGUACUUGGAAUCGAUAAAAAAUCGGUUAGACACAGGUGAAUCAGAAGAAAAUGUCGAUAUAAUAGAUGCAAUGGACGCUAUGCGUGCUCUAGAGAAAUGUUUGAAGGAAAAUGAUAUUAGAAAUUGGACAAUCAAUGAUCGUGAGAAUUUGAUCCGCGUCUUUGAGGGGUUGAACGAAGCCUGCCUGCACUUGUUAGCAGAUUCAUUGAGUCAGUAUUGGAGGGUGAACCCUCAAUUUGUUAAAGAUCAAAUUGCUUUGUUGGAUAUUCUCUACGAAAACCCAGCCUAUCGUGAAGAUCAUUCAGAUCCGUAUCAGCAAUUCGCUCUUCUGGAAGAAACAGUAGCUGGUGCAGCUGUAUCUAGAUGGAGGGUGUUGGAGAAAUCAAUGUUAGACCCUAAAAAUGACGAUAUGACGAACUUGAUGAACCUAGCGGAUAAGUUAAUAAAAGAAUUAGUUGGUGUCGCCAAAAAGUUUAAAAAGCCGUUGAAAAAUACACUGCAUGUUCCAGGCAUAGUGAUGGCACGCCAAAUGCCAUUUUUCGUGUUAGAAAUGGAAAAUUGGGCAUUUCUUCCCGAAGCAAGGAACGCUCCUAUCGACUUAAUAUUCCAGCUCUAUGAUAAAGUGCUAACAUUAAAGCGAUUAUACGAUCAAUACGGUCCAAGACAAAAGUCAUCAUUGUUCAAGGUGGAAUCUUGGUUUUUGGUACAUGUCCGCCGAUGGCUGAAAACAACGACAGGAGAAACACCCGAAUGGGUCAGUAACGCUAUCAAACAGGAUGAGUUCAAACCUAUCAAUGAAAAUACGUUACACUCAUCAUCAGUUGUCGAUCUUUUUACUAUGUUCCAUCAAGCAGUAGAUUUUGUGCAAAAAUUGGAAUGGCCAAACAGUAUUCAAGACUGCCAUUUCAAUACAGCACUGUCUAAAGUCAUCGGUGUAGCCUUAGAGCAGUACACAAUGGAAAUGGAAAAGAUGAUUACUAUGGAUAUAUACCCUAAAGACUAUCAAGAAAUAGAUGCAAGUAACACAACCUUUUUAAAUAGAGCACGUUAUCAAUUGAUUGGCAACCGUGCAAAUGGAAAAGGCUCUGAAGAACCUUAUGACUUUAUGCCUCAAACUUGUGUAAAGAUCAAUAAUAUCGAAGCGGCUCGUGCAAAACUUGAUAGACUGUAUCAAAAUAUGGAUGUGGAUGAAAUUGCUCAGGAAUUAAGAGAAUACGAAGCACAACUGCCUACCUCAGCUCUUGAAAAGCAAUCAGCACAGCCAUCAAACUACUUGUAUUCAAUUAAGUUUGUCAGGGCUGAAAACUUACCACCUGCCGAUAAAAAUGGAUUGAGUGAUCCCUAUAUUGUUUUGGAGAUUGAUGGAAAGCCCAUUGUGAGGACUAAAACAGUCUACGAAACACUGAACCCUCGCUGGGAUCAAGUUUUUGAUAUAUGGUUGACCAAUGAAACAGUCGAUGUAUUAGCACUCGUAUAUGAUGAAGAUAUGAUAGGUGCAGAUGAGGAGUGUGGCGGUGUAUGGUUUAAAUUGGGACCAUCCUAUUUUGGCGAUUUCCAGACACAUGAGCUAAUCUUGAAUUUCAAUCCUCAAGGACGGCUCAUUCUAAGGAUUAUUAUGGAAGGAGAAAAAGACGACAUUCAAUUCUGGUUCGGUAAAGUAUUCCGUGUAUUGAAAAGAGCCGAGAACGAUGCAGCAGGAUUGAUUGUGGAUAAGAUGGGAAGCUAUUUCCGUCAAGUGUUGAAUCGCAAAACAAUUGAUAAACUGCUGGGACGAGACCGUAGUUUCUUUUCUUCAUUUUCUCGCUCAAAUAAGCAUGUCGAAAUAACGUUGCAAGGCUGCGAAAAUUCGCUGACACAAUUGUUGGAUUAUCUGGAGAAGAAUUUGAAAAUAUUAAAUGACAAUCUGUCAGAAAGCAAUAUGCAAUUUAUUGUACUUCGGAUAUGGAGAGAAAUAUUGAUAUGUAUAGAAAACGUGCUAUUACCGCCAUUAUCAGAACAAUUAUCGGAAUGGAAGCCCUUAGAUGAUUAUGAGUUCCAUGUCGUUUAUAAAUGGCUAGAGCUUUUAAAAAUAUUGUUUAAUGGUGGUGAAGAUGGUGAUGCAGUUCCUUUGGAAAAAUUAGAGAAUUCACAAUAUUACGCACUUUUGGCUAUUAACGCAGCAUACAAUUUGGAAACGGAUCAACUAAUGGAAGCUUACAAUGUAGCUGUGAAGAACCAGUUAGAGUUGAAACUUCGUGGAGGGAGAAAGGCAGACAGAAGCAAAUCAGUAUAUCACUCGAAGAAUACCGUUAGAAAACGAAAAUCUAAUGCCCGCAAAUCUGCUUCUAUUGAAUUGCCUAAUGCUGACACCAUUCUCCGUAUUCUGCGUAUGCGCACAGGUCGCAAAGUACGUGAUUUUUUGCAUGCAGAAUUUGAAAGACGUAAUAAUCCUUCAUCAGUCAACAAUGUACAGCAAAACUCAGAAGACAAAGCUACUGUAACAGAAAUCCCACCUAUACCUAGUAUUCCUACAAAUGAUUUGACACCACAAAAUGAAAAUGCUAUGCCCUUACGAUGAGCGUAAGAAUAACCCACUAGAAAUCGUAAUAUUACCGCUCUUCACAUGUAUUAAAGAAUUAAUGGAAGAGUUCGUCAUUUAAUAAAUGUAUUCGCAUGAAAUAUACUUGCAAAUACUAUUUACAUUGCAUUAGAUUUGUACUCCUUC